AUGUCCAAACUUACUGGAACACAUUCAGAAGUCUCCGCCAUAGAUUUCACUACCCUCACCACCGUUCCUGGCACCGUAAAGGUUCAUGGUGCUCCCAUACAAAUUCUCGAUCUCCCUGGGAUUAUCGAGGGUGCUAACGAUGGGAGAGGAAGAGGUCGACAAGUCAUCGCCGGUGCGCAUACCGAAUCAUCGCCUCACCAUAACCAUUAA